UCUCUCUUUAUUCCCUUCUUUUCCCCUUUACCAACCUGAGAGCACAGGAGGACUGGGAAACUCACCAUGGAUCCCAAGGAGGGCAGCAGUACUGAGAAGGAGAAAGAGAAGGAGAAAGUGAUCAAAAGGAGGAACCGUCCCAUGUUUAUUCGUUACCUGGAGAGGAGGAAGACGGACACUAUAGUAGCUGAUGACAUGGCCAAUGGUGACAUUAACCUGGGGACGCUGGUGAGGAGGAGUCAGUCUGAUAAGACGGAGUACAGCGCCAAACUUAAAGAAAAACUGAUGCCACACAACCUGUCCACCCUCCCCUCUCCCAUACUGGACCUAGAGGAGCUCCGUGCGAGGAAGAUGAAGCACAGGGCGAAAGUGAUAAAGGAGCUUGUUCAGACUGAAAAGGACUACCUCACUGACUUGGAGUUGUGCAUCAGAGAAGUGGUUCACCCUUUACGUAAUCUGCAGAUAAUAGAUGUGGAUCGACUCUUCACCAACAUGGAGACGUUGUGUGAGGUGUCGGCAGCACUUCUCCACAGACUGAACGAGGCCAUAGACGAGCCAGAUCCAGAGGCAGUUGUCAUAGGUGAUGUGUUCAUCCAGGCAAAGGCAGCUUUAGAAGACGUGUAUAAGAUUUACUGUUACCACCAUGACGAUGCAAACUCGUCGCUCAAAUCCUACGAGAAGGAGGAACAAAUCAAGCAACAUUUCAUUGCAUGUGUAUUAGCUCUGAAAAAAAUCUAUGACCAAGAAGGAAAGCCUAAUUUGUUGGACAUGGGCUCACUGAUCAUCAAACCCGUCCAACGGAUCAUGAAGUACCCGCUGCUGCUCGGUGAACUGUGGCAGGCUACCCCAGAAGACCACCCGGACUAUCUGCCACUGCAGGAGGCUUUGACAGCUGCUAAGAUCAUAAAUGUGAACAUCAAUGAGUUCAAGAGGCGAAAGGAUAUCGUUAUGAAGUACAAGAGGUCAGAAGAUGAAGGAACGUUGAGAGGCAAACUAAACAAGCUUAACAUCCAUUCCAUUCGGAAGAAAUCAGACAGGUUUGCUGGUUAUCUAAAGAUUCUCACUGGAGUUGAACCACAGGUGAGAGAUGAAGUGUUUGACAGAGAAGAGAAACUGUUCAGGAGUUUGGAGAAAGCUGUGAGGCAACUGGUCAAGAACGUCCACUGCUACAUGCAACAUAUUCAGGAGAUGGUGUCUGUGGCUGUUCAGAAUGUGAAGGAAAUAGAAAAUAUCAUCAAAGAUCCCAGCAAAAAUGACCUGAAUGGUUCAUCACACAACAACAGCAACGAUCCGUACAAGUACCUUAAAGACAGAAUGGAGCGUUUGGUCUUGGCCCCGCUGUCCUGCCUGCAGGGCAUGUUCACAGCUCCACAGAAACUCAUCCAGAAGCGCUACGACAAACUGCUGGAUUACUGCAGCCGCCUUGAGCGCUCGUCCUCUAAUUCAUCUUCGUCAUCUCCCUCGUCUUCCUCCUCUUCGCUUGCAUCAGAAGUUCCUCCUGGACUUGCCAAGAGGGAUUAUGAAGCUCUGAAUGCUUUGCUGGUGGAGGAGCUGCAGAGGUUCAACAUGGCGGCUCACCUGAUCCUGACUAACUGUUUGGUGUGUUUGGUAGCCCUUCUCAGGGGGCUUAUGGGUAAUGCGUUGGUUGGUGCUCCAUCUGCCCAGCAACUACCACCUCCACUGUCCAACAUUGCUGAAGUGCAGAACAGCAUAAUGGAUGAGCUGAACAACCUGACGUUUGUCAAGGACAACGCACAGAAGCUGAUUGAGAGAAAAGUCAGCUUUGAGAGACGAGACAAGAAAACAGCAGUGCCAGAGGUGCAGCAUCAGACGGAGGAACAGCGCGCCUGGCUGCUGUCAGAAUACCCUCUGAGCCGUCUGUACCAGCUGAAGAGGAAGUGCAACGGCUGCCAGGAGCAGGACCUCAGCCUGCUGGAGGGAGAGCUGGUGGCCCUGUUGGAGGACACAGACCCUUUAGGCAGCAGCAGCCGCUGGCUGGUGGACACUGGAGGAGCCCAAGGCUACGUCUACUCCACAUUCCUGAAGCAGUACAACCCCCUGAGGGACUCCCAGAGGUCAGGCCAGAGGGCCAAAGAGCAGCAGCAGCAGCAGCCUGCGCAGCCGCCUGCCAUGGACGAUGAGGACUUUGAUGACCUCAGCCUGUUCGUGUCAGGAAGCGGCAGCAGCAGCCUGCGCAGCAUCAACCUCAGCGCCAACGACAGCAGCUCGUCCCUCUCCAGUCUGCAGCUGGAGCUGGAGAGCGGGGAGGAACUGGUGGAUGCAGUAGAUACAGAUGCUCAGCAGUUUUAUGCUGUGUACGCGUUUCAAGCCCGCUGUGACCAGGAACUGUCCCUGCAGGAGUACCAGCAUGUCCGCAUACUCAAGUUCUGUGACCUGGGGGGCAACAAAGAGUGGUGGUUGGCUGAGGCUAAUGGACAGAAAGGAUACGUCCCUGCCAACUAUCUUGGCAGAAUGUCCUACGCAUAAAAUAACAAUAUUUAAUUUUUAAAAAUUUUAUUUUAUACAAUUUUAAUAAAAAAUGUAUGUCUGCUUUGUAUUUUCUGCACUUUUCAAAUGUCACUUGUCUCAUGUUGAUCUUAAUCAGAACUGCUAUUGUGAACAUUUUGUGAGAAAGCUUACCAGUGGUAUUUAACCUACGAAUUGGUUUGAAUGUAAAUGAAUCUAUAUGGAUAAUCAGAUGAACUAUUCUGAGCACUUUUUUGUAUUCCAGUGUUUAAAUCGAUGAAGUAACAAAGUCAUGAAGAAAACUGAACAUGUGAAGUGAUUCUUGGAGAAUCUUUGAAACGAUUUAUGAAGUAUAUUUUAAAUGAUUUAUGAAGAAUAUUGUCUGUCCAUUUUCCAUUUAUCUUUAAAUAAAAAAAUAUAUUGGUUACAUCAAAA